UACCGGGAAGUCCCCAAAGCGGUCGCAAAGUCUCGCCAUUGGGUGAGAUGAUUGGCCACGGCAUCUGAUGUUGGCAUGUUCACAGGGUUCAUUCAGCCGCAAGUUGAGAAGACCCCCCCAAAGAGACAUUGCAUAAGCAGAUGGUCUCAACUUCGAGCGAGCGCGGACGGGCUUUGCAUGCACAGGCACAGGCAAAAAAAGACGUUAUCAGAGGGCGAAGAACAAAGGGAACUUCCAUUGGAAACAACGUUGAGCCUUGACGGGGCAAACGGGCUAACCGACAGGUUCAAACCUCAAGGUGAGGUUAAGUUACUUACGACUGCCAUGUUUUAUCCCACUCAGCCGCCUUACGACACCGAAAAAAAGAUUUACCAUGUCGACAAGAUGUCGGCUAUUCCGCUCCGUAGGAGCCACGCCGCACCCGCGGGACGGGAGAUCAUGAACAGCGAAACGGCGCGGAAGCCGGGAGUCGGAUGUCGGGGUAUUCGGAAAAGCAGAGUAGUUUCGAGUCUCUUGAUCGGCGAAAAGAAAGUGUGGGGAGGGGAGAGGAGGAGCAAUGACAUUCGAUGGGCGGGAUCCCUUGAGCCAGGGCCCAAGAGAGGUGCAUUUGUUGGAACUCGAUAAUUUGUUUCUUCUCUCGUCUUCUGUCGUCGUCUUCUGUCGUCUUCUUCUGCUUCUGCUUCGCUUCCGCUUCAUAAUGAUGACGAUUGCCGCUGUGGUUUGCCGUGAACCCCCGUUGGUAGCAUUGGGCGGACGAUUGCCGUAGGGAUGGGUUGGU